AACAAAGUGGCACCUUCAGCCUUCCUGCAAAUGGGGGGAAAUGGCCCAAAAUGCCACUUUUCAGCUUCUUUUUGUCCCCCUUUGCAGUCAGUGCUUUCCUUUCUAUACAUAUUUGACCCUCAGGCUGCUGUGUUUUCCCCUUUACCUUCACCAGAGGCUCCUUUUGGGUUAAGAAACGGCCUAAAAAGGAAAAGAAAAAACAUCUCUGAGCCCUUUUUCCACCCUGAAAAGGGGCAAAGUGGGGAAAAACUGCCUUUAUCAGUGCCUAUAUCACAUGUCUGUGUCCCCAUAGAUGCUGAUGAGGAGCUGCUGCGUGGCCUGGAGGGAGCUUUGGGGGUGAAGAAGAAGAAACGGGGACCAAGGAAGCAAAAGGAAAACAAGCCUGGAAAACCCCGGAAAAGGAAAAAAUUGGUGAGUGAGGAUGAGUUCGAGUCGGAGCGCGACGAGUACAGGGAGAAAUCAGAGAGCGGCGGCAGCGACUACGGCGGCGUGGCCAAAAAGAAGAGGAGGAAGCACAGGGAGAAGAAGGAGAAGAAAACCAAGAGGAGGAAAAAGAUGGACGACGAGGGGGGGCAGAAGGUGAAGCCAGUGGAGCAGAAGUCGUCAGCUCAGCUGCUGGGAGCCUGGGGCAUGGAGGAUAUUGAUCAUAUCUUCACAGAGGAGGAUUACCGUACUCUCACCAACUACAAAGCAUUCAGCCAGUUCAUGAGGCCGCUGAUCGCCAAGAAGAACCCCAAGAUCCCCAUGUCCAAGAUGAUGACCAUCCUGGGCGCCAAGUGGCGCGAGUUCAGCGCCAACAACCCCUUCAAAGGCUCCGCUGCCGCCGUGGCCGCCGCCGCCGCCGCCGCUGCCGCAGCCGUGGCCGAACAAGUGUCGGCCGCCGUCGCCGCCGUGGCCCCCGAGGCACCACCAGCACCAUUGAGAAAGGCCAAGACCAAGGAGGGCAAAGGUCCCGGCCAUAAGAAGCGCAGUAAGAGCCCGCGGGUGCCGGAGCUGAAGAGGAAGAUGAAGGGGAAGAAGAUGGCGCCGCUCAAGAUCAAACUGGGCGUCAUCGGCGGCAAACGCAAGAAGAGCAGCUCGGUGAGGAGCCCCCCAUUGCCCCUGUCCCCAUAUCCCCCUUUCCCUGCACUGUCCUCAAUAGAGACCGUGGUCCUGCAGGGGGCGGCUGCUGUGCCCGACAUGCUGGAGAUCUUCCACCUGGUGAUGUACCGCAACUACCAAAGGAAGAACGACAUGGAUGAGCCCCCCCCCCUGGAUUACGGCUCCGGGGACGAUGACACCAAGAGCGACAAGAGGGGGCACAGCCAGGACCCCCUGUACGGCGGCAUGGAGGAGCGCUUCUACCGCUAUGGCAUCAAACCCGAGUGGAUGAUGAUCCAUCGCAUCCUUAACCACAGGUGGGGGCACACACGGGUGGACCCUGUGUCCCUGGGGGGGGGCCUCAGCACCUAUGGGUGCCCACCAGCACCUAUGGGUGUCCCCUGUGUCCCUAUGUGUCCCCCAGCACCCAAGGGUGUCCCUGGGAGACCCUCAGCUCCUAUGGGUGUCCCAUGUAUCCCUAGGGGAUCCCCAGCACCCAUGGGUGACCCCUGUGUCCCUAGGGGGGGCCUCAGCACCCAUGGGUGUCCCCCAGCACCCAUGGGUGUCCCCUAGCACCUAUGGGUGUCC